AUGAAGAAGGAGACAUUUAAUCUCCGUUUUAUUUACACUUUUAGCAAAGGCGCCCAUUUUGUCUUCUACCAGCCUUUUGGCUCCCAGUGCGAAUCUAUGUCACACGUAAAAACAUUUGCUUCUAUACCAGGAGUACGCAGUUAUAUCCUCGGCUCCUGCUCCGGCCAUCUCCUACUAUACACGAGUGGCCUCUACGUCGUGAAUCCUCUUACAAAGAGGUUUCGACUCUUGGAUCACUCUGGUUCAAUGCUUCUUGCUACAAUAUUCAAUGGUCCCAACAACAAGGCUAAUAAUACAGAAGACAGAGCUAUGUGCGUUGGUUUUGCGCUAGAUCAAAGUCGAGCGACCACCAUCAAGAGAUUCAAGAUCAUUUGCAUACUUGAGACUCAUACGACGUACGCAUUUGAGAUAAGCGACGGAAACUCGUGGAGAUUUUCUGAAACAAUCAUCACCACCACCAAUUCAAAAAGUGAGCUCACAAAGCGAAUGAAACCUGUUUACUUUGAGGGCACUCUACACUGGUUGAGAAACGACGGUAGCAUCAUAGCUUUCAAUAUUGAGACAGAGCAAGCACGCUUGAUUCCCUCCGUAUUCCAUCCAGAACCAGAGAUGAAGCUGCUUUUCACGCUCGACGAUAAGAUCAAUCGUCUAACCUUAAUAUCUGGGACCAAAAACACAAUCUCAGUACACACACUAAUGGGAGAUACCUCCAAGUGGGUCCUUGCCAGGCAGAUCGAGAAUGUACUUAUUACAGAUAGUGAGUUGGAAUACUGGAACGUGGUUGCAUACGAUGGGAAGCACAUGGUGGUGAGAGAUAAAGAAAAGGAUAGUUCAACUGGUGUGGCUCAUGUGUACAACAUGGAAGAUAACCGUUGGGGAGCGUGGUGGCCAACCGCAUGUCAGGCCAAGUACAACCUAGACGUCUUUAGGUUUACACCCUUCUUUUCCUUUUUCGAGCAUACAGAGUUGGUUGAAGAUUCUACAAACGAACAUCUAGCUCGAAUUAUGAGACUCAUUGACACAACCAAGCGAACAAAUCCAGUGUUUAGAUUGAUGGCGUUAGGAUAUGAUAAAUAAAAUAUAUCCUGAUGAUUAGUGUUUGUUUCACAUAUGCAUCACAUGGUUUGACUAUUUGGAGUCAAUAAUUAAUAUAAAGUUAUAUAAGACUGUUUUAUAAGAAAAAU